UAUGCUUUUCACACUGGCGAUAUGAGUCCACACACUGAGUCUUAGCGGAGCCCGCCCAUGCCGCCGGUCAGGAAAAUGCCAGUUCACUCUAUGCACGUCCGUCAUGCUCACGGCACACACAGACAGACAGACUCCACCACACGGUCAUCAAGAGAGGGCAUUGGCGAGUGAGUCAGCCAGGCAGCCACACACUCACAUCGGCCGAACCACCGCAUCAACAUCGGCAGGCAGCGGAGAACAUGACCAGAUGCGCCCACACCCCCACCCCCACCCACAGGCAGCCAGCCAUGAGAACGGGCAGAGUUCUAUACACACAAACAGACAUGCAGAGAGGGAGGAGAGAGGGCUACGCCUAGAGAAGAGAGACCCACGAACAAAAAGGCCAAGCCAUAGACCGACUGAACUGAUUCAUGCACCAGAGGCACGCCAGCCAUUCGGUCACCCAUCAGCAGCUGGUCUGUCUGUCUGUCGACAGAGUGAUCGGUGUGCGGUUCGUUUUGCGCGCACACAGAUCGGCGACAGAGAUGACGACAGCCGGCACCCGAAAGAUACCAUCCUGAUGACACACACAUGCACGAGCCAGCCAGGACGACAUUCAAUCACAUGACAGAGGACGUCCGGAGCUGCUCACCCACCAGUGUUGACUGAUCUAUCAGUCGCCGCUCUCCGCCUCAGCUGCGGCAUCUUCACCUGCGAGUGCACAGAAAGCAAUGCAGACCAAGUUGACGGCCUCUGUGCGCUGUGGUGCCUUCCAUCCCGUGUACCUCCGCUGCCUUCAUUACGGCUGCCGUCGUCCAUAUCGUCACCCUCAUCAUCGUCACCCUCAUCGGAAUCUACACCACACACACACACAGAGAGAGAGAGAGAGAUGCGUCUCAUCGAUCCAUCCAUGAAUGUGUGUGCCCCUCCUCCUAUUGGUACCAUCCUCAUCAUCGUCGCUAUCGUCAUCCUGCUGCUGCUGCUGUUGUACUUGUCCGUCGAAUACGAAUGGCGCCACCGCCCCCAACGCCACACGACCCAGCUGAGUGGUCACUGGGAAGCGGUGCUUAAAGGGACCACUCCCACACACAGCCGCCUCAGUGGUCCUGACACACACUUGCACUGCACACAAAAGGAAGAAGAACAUGCGACGUAUGACCAGCAGCACUUCCUCUCCGUCACUCUGACCGUUGUUUCCGAGUCCCCAGAUGAAAAUCCACGCGACGAAGGGGUGGCUGCCGUUGGUCAGCACCAGCUGUCGCGUAUUGCCGUGCAACCCGCUGAUUGUCGUAGUGCAUCCGGCCACCGGUGUGUGGGGCGACUCGGUGAGCAGGUCGUUCAGACGGCCGCCACCGACAUACCUGAACCAACCACACACGCACACACAUUCAACGGCGCACCCCUCUUGCCUUCAGUGCCAUUAGUGUGUUGUCACCUGUUGACUGUGAUCGAUGUGUCGUUGGUCUGGUGAGUCUCGUCGAAGUAGACGAGGACCAUGUACUUGACAAACGACGACACUGACGCAUCGGCGGACCAGGGACCGUUCGACUUCCAUCGGCCGUGGCCACAGGAAUGCGUAGAGUAGUAGAUGCCCUCACGCACCGGCGGGUCGUGUAGCUGCCGGUGCUGCCCAUACAGGUGGCCGGCAGGGAGGGGCGGGUCGACCUCCAACUCGAAGUCGGGCUGGUCCUUGAUGGCCCGCACCUCAUUGCCGUGUUGGAACAGCUGCAGGCAGUUGCGGUCACCGAACUGGAUGUCGCGGCCAACCAUCUUGAGCUGCGCCAACACACGGGGAGCCGACACAUACACCUAAACACAGGACCACACACACACACAGAGAGAAUGAGGCCCUCUCCCUCCCCUCCCCGCCCCUCUGUUUGCUGGCUCACCGUUUUGUUUGUAUGUGUGUUGAUGUCAUCGGCCGCGAGGAUGACAGGCAGGUCACAGCAGCCGCACUGCCCCGCCAGCUCAAUCACCUCGCCGAUCUCGUCCCAUGGCCCCUCCUCCACCACACACACAGCCGCCAGCAGAUCGUGUGUGCCGAAUCGGCACUGGUCGUCGCCGAACCGCAGCAGCUGCACUUGCUGCCCAUUCACCGCCCGCCGCAGCCCCGCCUGUGAGCCCAGCGAGUGGCGGAGCCGAUCUCUCAGCUGCGCCUCUCCGAAGAGCUGUCUGAGCCACGUGCGGGUGGCCCUCAGCCGCAGGAUGUCCUUGAUGCUGCUGAAGAGGUAGAAGGUGCGGCGGCCGACGAAGAUAUACGAGAAGGGGUGCUGCUGCUGCUGCUGCUGCUCUGGUUGCUGCAUCUGGG